AUGAAACCAACUUCUAUCUAUAUCAAUUCAAAUGAAGAAACUAAAACUAGGACGUAUGACGAAUGUAAAUGUAUUAAACUUAUUCAAAAAUAUAAUUUAUUAAUUGAAUACUAUAGUGAUAAUAAAAAUCUUAUUUUUCCAGGAACUUUGAGUUGUGAAAUUGGAAGAUUAGGAAUGAUGUUAGUUGGUUCAUUUAAAGAACAACACUUUACUGAAAUUAAAAUGAUGAAACAACACUUUAUUGAAUUAGAUAAAAUUAUGAAAACAAAUCAUUAUUCUUAUGAUGAUGAACGUACAAUAAGAAUGAUGUUAGGUAUUUAUUGUUCAAUUCAAAAAUUAGUUGAUUCUUAUAAAACAGAAUCUCUAGAAAUAAAAACUAAAAAGAAAAAGUUAGUUGAUUUUAAUGAAGACCAUUGUUAUACUUUUCAAUAUUUAAUUGGGCUCUAUGAACAGUGUAGAUUAAAACUAAAAAUAAAUAAUAAAGAAUUAAAAGAAUUAGAUCAUUACCUUCAUCAAAUUCAAAUAGAACUUCAACUUUCUGAUAAUGAAAUUUAUGAUUCAUUAAACUCAUUUGAAAUGUUUAUUAAAAGUUUAUAUGAUGGAGUCUAUGGAAACAACGAUGAAAAAAAAAAUAAUUUUCUUGGAAUCCAACGAAUUCUAGAUUAUUGUCAUAUUAGUUUUCCUAAUUUACAAAAUAUUUGUUUAGUUUCAAAAGAAGAUAAAACCCCGCCAAUGAGUGAUGAUACAAAAUAUAAUUUUGAUUGGAUGAAUGAAAUAAUGGAAUCCUUUCAUUCUAAGUACUAUGAAAAUAUUGUCUCUAUUAUAUCAUAUUAUGACCUUAUUAGUGUAAAUGAUUUUGAUUUAUUUUUAAACCUUCAUACUAAUAAUAAGAAUAUUAUAUUACUUCAUGAAUGGCUUUCAUAUAUUCAACAAAUUCAAUUUACAAUGGAGAUGGUUGUUUGUUCUUAUGGAAAAAAUUCAUUUAAAAGAAUGCCAUAUUACGUUAAAUCAAUGAUUGAAGUUUCUAAUUGUUUCUCAUGUAUUUUAGCAGCUGUAACAAUUAAUAUGAUUAUUAGAAUUUCUUCAGAACGUACUAUUUCACCUUCAAUUAAAUUAUAUAAUUUAUCACUUGCUUCAGUAUUACAAGAAAUUGUAAAGAUUCUAAUCCCUUUUACUUCAAACUUUAAAAUGCCAAAUAAAAAAAUUGAUGAAGUCAUCAAUCAAAGUCUUCACCCUCUUUCAAUACCUAAAUGUAAUCCUCCAUUAUACCCAUAUGAAAGAAUUCGUUUAGAAGAAUAUAAAUCAAUAAUUAAGUCAUAUCUGGAUCAAAAAACAUCAUUAACGCCAAUAGAUAUUAUGAAAAUACAAAGUUAUGCUAUUUAUCUUAGAGUUCAAUAUGGAUUUGACCCUUCAACUAUUUCUUUGUUAUCAACUUUAGAUGAAAUAACUACUUCUUAUGAGUACUUUGGAUUUUUGCCUUCAAUUCUUCCUUUUAUACAAUGUGUCAUUCCUCUUAUAAAUCAAUCUCCAGCUUGUUGUCUUGGUUAUGCCCCUUCAUGUCUUGGAUUUUAUGACCCUGAAAAGGUAAUUCUUAACAGAACAAUUUCUAACCUCACAGUGUCAGAUGGAUUUAAUAUCUCAAUUUUAUUAAAUAACAUCCAUUUAGCCAAUACUCUAUCACUCGUUUAUUCCCAUUGUUUCCAUUAUUGUGAAUUUUCUUCAAUUGAAUUAAUGAAUGGUAUUAAAAAACUAAAUGAAAAUUCAUUUAAAACUCUGAACAUCAAAGACAUGUAUGGUAUUUCAGUUGCAGAGCAUUACAUGAAUAUAUUUGUUCAUAGAGCAAUUGACUCCUAUGGGAUACAUUAUAUGGAAAAUACAUUAUUUCCUCUAUACUGUCACUCUUUAGUUUCUUCUCUAAAUACCUUAGUCCAUUCCCACAAGAAGUACUUCAAAUUAUCUGGAUUACUUCCAAUAUGCUAUUUUUUAGAAAAGAAAGAUUAUACAUCAGAAGAAUUAUUAAAAUUAAUAAAUACUCUAAAGACUACUUUCUGUGAAGAUUGUCAAACAAAACAAACAGAGAUUGAAUUCACAACUUUUGACAAAAAGUUGUCCAAAGCAUAUCUCAAAUCAAUUAUUACUAUAAUUCAAUAA